UGUUUGCCGGAGAACCAGUGGCCUGACUGGACCCGGUCUAUAUAAAUAGAGGCUCUUGGUCGUCGUCGAGCUUCAGUGAUACUUUUAACCAGAGCAGGAUCAGACAUCAGACAUGGCGCAGUAUAAGUACCUCUCCGGCUUCGGCUCGCACUUUUCCUCGGAGGAUGAGCGCUGUCCCAAUGCCCUGCCCGUGGCCCAGAACUCUCCCCAGGUGUGUCCCUACAAUCUGUAUGCGGAGCAGCUCUCCGGGAGUGCCUUCACUGCUCCCAGAACUGAGAAUGUGCGCACCUGGCUCUACAGGAAGCUACCCUCAGCCGUCCACCUUCCCUUCCAGCCCUUCAGGGGAGCCAAAUACUUUCGCCAAAACUGGGAUGAACAGCCUCCAAACCCGAAUCAGAUGCGUUGGAAACCCUUUGAUUUGCCUGAGGAUGGCAAGACCGUAAACUUUGUGGAGGGCUUGCACACUGUUUGUGGCGCUGGAGAUCCCAGAUCUCGUCAUGGCCUCGCCGUGCACAUUUACUCCUGCAAUGGCUCCAUGGACUCCUCAGCUUUCUACAACAGUGAUGGGGACUUCUUAAUCGUGCCCCAGGAAGGAACCUUGAAUAUAACCACGGAGUUGGGAAGAAUGACGGUGGCUCCCAAUGAAAUUUGUGUUAUUCCCCAGGGCAUUCGAUUUGCCGUCAAUGUGAAUAAACCUUCCAGGGGCUACAUUCUUGAGGUUUACGAUGGACACUUUGUGUUGCCAGAUUUGGGACCCAUUGGAGCCAAUGGAUUGGCAAAUCCCAGAGAUUUUGAAACUCCAGUGGCUUGGUUUAGUGAUAAAGACAUAAAUGAUUUCCAAGUCAUAUCCAAGUUCCAGGGCAGCCUUUUUGUGGCCAAACAGAAGCACACGGUCUUCGAUGUGGUGGCCUGGCAUGGCAACUAUGUGCCCUACAAAUACGACUUGGCCAAAUUCAUGGUCAUCAACUCGGUCAGCUUUGAUCAUUGCGAUCCCAGUAUUUUCACCGUGCUCACCUGUCCCAGUUUGAGAGCCGGAACUGCGAUUGCCGACUUUGUGAUCUUUCCCCCACGCUGGUCUGUCCAGGAGCACACUUUCCGACCGCCCUACUAUCACAGAAACUGCAUGAGUGAGUUUAUGGGCCUCAUUCUGGGCAAGUACGAGGCCAAGGAGGAGGGAUUCGCCGCCGGCGGGGCCACCCUCCAUUCGAUGAUGACUCCCCACGGACCGGAUGUCAAGUGCUUCGAAGGUGCCUCAAAGGCCAAAUUGGUUCCGGAGCGCAUAGCCGAGGGCACUCAGGCUUUUAUGUUUGAAUCAUCUUUAAGUUUGGCGGUUACCAAAUGGGGAGAAGAAACUUGCCAGAAACUGGAUGCCGCCUACUACGAAUGCUGGCAGUCCUUGAAAAAUAAUUUUAAAAUUUCUGAAAACUAAUAAGCGAUUAUAUUUAAUAAAUUUAUAGAAGAAAAAGGAUAAAGUAUUUUGAACGAG